UCAUAGUUCAUGACUGCCUUUUGUUGUCAAAACGGCGCUGCCAAAUAUUUUGGUUUCAACUUCCAAGAGAAGAGAAGCAUUGGAAACUCAAAGGUUUUCUUCAGAAUACAAUAUUCAAAUAUUUGACCGCCUUUCUCAAAGACAGAGAGGAAGAGAAGAAAUCAAUGGAGAUGGAAGGUGAAGAUGGCACCAAAAUUCAACUUAAGAAGAGAUCAAUCACAGAGUUCGGAAGAGGAUUUGGAUUUCAAAUCGAUGAUAGAACUGUUUCUCGCAGACACAUCUCACUUAAAAUCUCCCAAUUUGACCAGAAAAACGAUAAACAAGAUGGAGAAUCUAGGGUUUCUUUUGAAGUUUUAGGGAAAAAUCCAAUCUGGGUCUUGAGUAAUGAUACCAAAGAGAUAAGGGUUUUCGGGAAUUCGGAAAAAGGAGAGUUGAAGGUUGGCGACGGAUUUUGUGUUUCUUGUAAAAAACCCAUUUUUUUUACUUUGAAAAAAAUCGGGGGUUUUGACGGAAAACCAGAAGAAAAGGAAGGAAACAGAGAUUUCAAGGAAAUAGAUAGAACUGAAAGGAUUCCAGUGGAUACAGAAAUGGCAGAAAGUACUCCUAGUGAGGGAGAAGUAGGGUUUGAUGCUUCAGAGAUUGACCCUGUUAAAGAGUUUGGGUUCUUGAAAAUGGGUCAUGAGUUUGACAAGUAUCCAAAACAUAGAAUACGAGGGAUUAAGGAUUUGGACUGGUUCCUUGAAGAGCAAAAACAAGAUAGUGAAGAUGAUGAAGGAAACAGGUCUAGAAAGAGGAAAGAGUUAGGGAGAAAGAAGAAACAUAAUGUCAUGGAAGAUGACGACUGGACAGGUGAGAGUGAAGAUGAGAAGGUUUCGAUAUCAAGAUUGAGAAUGGAUAAAAGACCCAAAUAUACCAAAACAAGAUCCAAGGAUAAGAAUGGUAAAACUCCAGAUGUCGGCAGUAGUAAAAGCUCAUCCCAGAAGAACACAAUACAUGCUAAUGAAGAAGACGAAGAUGGUGAAACACUAGACGAAGAUGAAGAUGAUGAAACUCUAGGAGGUUUUAUAGUAGAUGAUGAAGGACUGGACGAGGAAGAAGAAGAAGAAGAAAAUGAUGAAGAUAUAAUUGACGAGGAGGAAGAAGAAGACGACGACAAUGAGUGAUGCAGCAAGGCUAAUUUCCAUAGACUGACAGAAAGUAUGAUUAUGUAAACUAUUGGUGAAUGUAUAGUCUGUUUUUCAGCAUUUGGCUCUAGUUUUUCUUAAGGGUUCAAGUAAGCUCUUUCGAGGUGAAUUUCUUUUUUGCUUGUUUGCACUUAUCAUGUGUGUUUCUUUCUUUCAGUGGUUACAAGUAAUCUGGGCCUGUACUCAUUAUUUAUAGGACUUGGAUUUUAAAGGCCCAUAUUUAUGUGGUGGCGGCAACAAUUCCUUUUGUAUGGAACUAUGAUUUUGGGCAUACCAAAAUCUUUCGAGGCAUACUCAAUAAAGAC